CUUGCAGCCGCUGCUUCCAGCUCUACGGCGGUCGGCGGCCCCUCCUCUCCCCUAGACCCCCUUUUACCGCCGGGCGCCGGCAUCAGCGCCGCGGCCACCCGCACGGUGCAGCGCGUGCCUGCUGGGCGUUCACGGUUCACCCUUUCCCCCUCAUCUCUUUUUCUCUCCCCCGUUCCCUUCUCUCAGUCUCUCUCCUAUCUUAGUCUUCUUUUCCUGGCGGCGACUACUGGGUGAGCGGCGGCGCUAUUCGGUCUUCGCAGGGCCCUUUUCCGGCGACGAGCACCCACCAGCACUGUGCUGGUUUCAGUUAUUGGAUCCUGCAUUGUGAAAUGCUUGCCAAAGGGAGGAAGGUUGCUGGAAGGGGUGAAGAAAUGUCUGCGCAUUAUGCAUUUGGACCACAGGAGGACGAUGCGAUCAUUAAGCACAGGCUUCUGACUAGGACGACUACUACCAGGGGUGAACCACCACUAAAGAAGCUUCAGAAGAAGUUCAUGUCCUUUGCCACGGAGAUUGAGAAGGAUGCAGAUAACACGAGUGACUGCGAGAGACUGUACAAGGCCUUCCUACAGGAAAUUAACACCUUUGAACUGCCUCUUCUGAAAAGCAAGGCUGUUGUUGAUGCAAACAUUAGGGAGAAGGAGAGCUUUAAUGAGCUGCAGAUUGAGAUUGAGCGACAGAUCUUGCAAGCUCAGACUGAUAUUGAGGAUCUUAGGAAGCAACUUGAGCAGAGCAAGAUCGAGAGGCAGCACAAAGAGGAAUGUGAAGCAAUCAGGAAGCUGAUUUCUUUGCAGCCUCCACGGUCAGAAACUGAGAGACUCAUUGCAGACCUUGAGAAGGAAAUAGCUGAUUUGGAGGCUGAGAACGUAGCAUGCUUAAGGACUUUGGAACUACGGAAGAAGCAAUUUGCCCUUCUUCUACAUGUGGUUGAGGAAUUGCAGAUCUCGAUUGAAGAUGAGCAAAAGAGUAUAGCAGAUGAGCUGAGAGCUAUCGCUGAAGAGCAGAAGAUGAGCAUAGAAGAAAGCGGCGGUGCUUCAGAUGCCAUGGCUGUAGACUGAUCAAGAUAGAUGCAUCUUGCAAACCUUGCUUGAACAAAUGCACCACAUGGUUUGUGGGCCAUAUCGAAUCCUAACAAGCUGGUAGGACUUAGGAGAUGUCUUCUGUCAUGGUUUUGUACCUCCUGUAAAUUGAGCCGUAUGCUGUUUGUACUAUGAAGAAAAAUUAAAGCGCGCCUUGUUGUGUGACAAAAGUUGUGCUCUCCAAUAUUUUUGUGCGCUGAAUAAUGCCGCACUGCCAUUCUGGUUGAAGUGGAAUAGUCAAUCAUGCCCGCAUCUGAAAUUCUGAAUA